AUGGCUUCCAAGCUUUUCUUUCUCAUAGCAAUUCCUUUUUUCAUUACCCUUCCCUUCUUUGCCUCUGUGUCUUGUGCAGAUGGCAACUCAGUUAGUACCAUUUGCAUGUCCACCCCAUAUCCUUCUUAUUGCAAAUCUAUACUCCCCAACCAAACCACAGAUGUAUAUGGCUAUGGCAGGUUUUCAAUCCAGAGUUCAUUAUUGCAAUCCCGUAUAUUUUUGAGCAAAGUAAACAGAUAUCUUCAAAGCCAGUCCUCUUUGUCCACCACCAAAAUUCGUGCCCUUGAAGAUUGCCGGCUGCUAACUGAGCUGAACAUAGAUUUCUUAUCAAGCUCCAUUGAAGAUGUCAAUAAAACUAGUAGAACUCUUCCUGAUUUGGAAGCCGACAAUGUCCAAACCUUGCUCAGUGCCAUUUUAACUAACCAGCAAACUUGUUUAAAUGGCCUGCAAGAAGCAGAUUCAGCUUCAAGUGUCACAAAUGAACUCUCAGGUGCACUCUCUAAUUACACUAAGCUGUGCAGUGUUUCACUAGCUCUCUUUACCAAGGGUUGGGUGCCAAAAAACAGAACAUGGAAGCCUAUGAUGAACCAUGUCACAUUCCGAAAUGGACUCUUGCCUUUAAGGAUGUCUAGUCGGACGCGUGCUGUUUAUGAGACCGUGAGAAGGAGAAAACUUCUUCAGUCAUCCAAUGAGAUUACCAUUAAAGACAUGGUGAUCGUGAGCAAAAAUGGAAGUGGAAACUUCACCACCAUUAAUGAUGCCAUCAAUGCAGCUCCAAACAAAACUGCCUCUACUGAUGGAUACUUCUUGAUCUAUGUCACGGCAGGUGUUUAUGAAGAGUAUGUGUCCAUUGCAAAGAACAAGAGGUACUUGUUGAUGAUUGGAGAUGGUAUCAAUCAAACAAUUAUCACAGGCAACCGAAGUGUUGUUGAUGGGUGGACAACCUUCAAUUCUGCAACAUUUGCUGUGGUUGGACCAGGUUUUGUGGCCACGGACAUAACUUUUCGUAACACAGCUGGUGCAAUUAAGCACCAGGCAGUGGCAGUUCGGAAUGGGGCUGAUUUGUCCACAUUUUAUAGGUGCAGCUUUGAAGGGUACCAAGACACCUUGUAUGCACAUUCUCUCAGGCAAUUCUAUAGAGAGUGUGAUAUAUACGGUACAGUAGAUUUCAUAUUUGGCAAUGCUGCAGCUCUAUUCCAGAAUUGCAACAUAUAUCCUCGUCUGCCAAUGCCCGGACAAUUCAAUCCUAUCACUGCACAAGGGCGAACUGAUCCAAAUCAAAACACAGGUAUUUCCAUUCAUAAUUGUACCAUUAGAGCAGCAGAUGACUUGGCCUCAAGUAAUUCAACUACUCAGACCUACCUGGGAAGGCCAUGGAAGGAGUACUCUCGCACAGUUUACAUCCAAAGUUUCAUGGAUAGUUUGAUAAACCCUGUUGGUUGGCGUGAAUGGGAUGGAAAUUUUGCACUAAGCACAUUGUAUUAUGCAGAGUAUAAUAACACGGGACCUGGAUCGGACACUACAAACAGAGUGACAUGGCCUGGUUACCAUGUGAUUACUAAUGCCACAGAUGCUGCUAAUUUUACUGUAUCUAACUUCUUGCUUGGAGAUAACUGGUUGCCGCAGACAGCGGUGCCUUAUUCUGGUGGACUAAUAUGAACAAUUUCUUCUUCUUCUUCUUGUUUUUUGAUUAGUAUAUGAACAAUUUCUUGGAUAUGACUGGUCAUUUGCUUGUAAUUUUAAUGUAGUAUA